UCGUUUGUUGACUUUUGAUUAUAAUUUGAUAAUUUCUCAUGAAUUUUUUAUGCAAUUCUUUGUUUCAUUAAGUCAAAAACAUGUCACAAAAAACUUUGAUGAACAGGCUCGGGAGUAAUAUCCUAGAAGAGUCGCAGUUACUUGCUGAGAAAAAAUGGAUACUGGAUGCAUUAACGCAAAUAAAAAAGCAACGAAAUAGCCUUCAGAUAGAAAGGCUACAACUAGAGAGUAUAAAGUAUCACCUCAAAGGAGAGACUAACUCUAACUUAGAGACUAAAACUACAGUAAAUGUAAGUGAAGUGCCAACCACUUCUGCAGUGAAUCUAAUGCAGUCUGCGCCAAAGGGCAACGGGAUUGCGGACGCGGACAAGGCUGGCCUUAUGGAUGAAGAGAUAAUUUGCAAUGAACAGGAAUUAGAUUUGUUGAUACUUUCCAACUGUUUAUAUGCCAAUCAGAAUGUGCAGAACAACAUGGAAGAGGAUGAGGAUGAUGAAGAAGAUGUAAUUAUUGAUAUGAACAUGUUUAUGAACGGUAAUAACAAUUGAUCACAGAUGGCGCCGACCAAGAUUUCAUUUGUCAAGAUAUAUGGAAACUGAGAAACAACUGUAUGCAUAUUGGAGAAUGUUUUAACAGUCUGUGAUUGUAUCAGGAAAAAAAAAGAAAUA